AUGGAAGGCAAGGUGCACACCGAGAGCGGAUCGAUUGUUCUUGGCCUCCUUGCCUCCCAGUAUGUCGCUGGCCUGGAGCAACAUCCGUCUCCCCAAUCCAUAUAUUGGUCGCAUUUCUCGGAGGGCACCAUGAUGUUGCAUCUUCAGCCAGCUCGUGUGCUCGGCAUUUUCACGGAUGCCAUCAGCAAGCGUCUUUCCCCUGAAGCAGCCCGAGGCGCGCGAGCUCUCAACGACAUGUUCCGCAGCAGAUGGGCAGACCACAACAUUCAGAUCCAACUCGACACCGUCGAGGAUUAUCUGAGGAAUAAUGAGCACUUCACCGGUACCAAGGACAUCGGUCUAGGUGACGUACGAUUCCCAUCAUGCCCACAUUCUCACCAACAGUUUAUGAUGCUCUUCCCUAUCUCUGCAGCGCUGGACGGCUUUCGCAAGGGCGAAUUCAGCAUCGGACCGAACACACGCCGGUGGGUGGACGCGAUGCGUCAACGACCCGCCUACAGGAACGCAAUCGAGCGGCAAAGUGAGGAGGAGGCGAAGAUUAGGGAGAGCGCUGCCAAACUCUGA